AAUGAUUUCAGUUGGUUUUCGGUUGUUUAUUCGUUCGGUUGUGUCUCGGGCAACUAUCUCCAUGGCAACGGCUAUACAAGUUUCUGUUCGAGCUGCAAAUUUUCGUCACGGACUGUAAAAACACAACUGAAUUGAAUAUUUUGACAUUCGCAAACGCAUCGACGUGGAACCGCAUAUAAAACUUAACAAUGGCUCAACUGGAGGGGAGAGUCAUCGAAACGGAGAUGAAAGCCAUGGAUGCCAAUCGCUAUGCGACCAAAAAAACUAUAGCCCAGGGCAUGCUGGAUAUAGCUUUGCUGACGGCAAACGCAUCUCAGUUGAAAUAUAUACUUCAGGUCGGGGAACAGCAUCAAUUCUACAAGCUAAUGCUUAUACUUAUUAGCUUGUCAAUUGUUAUGCAGCUAUUGGUCGGAAUUAUGUUUGUGGCCAUCGGCAGUCUGAAUAUUAACAAGCAGCAAGACCAGACGGCAGCAAUAAUAUUGAACGAUGUCAUAUUGGUGGUCAUCUUUGUAAUAUCAGUUGUGAAUGUUAUAAUAUCUGGUUUCGGCAUCGAGUAUUCGUCACAGCCUCUUAGGCUCAUCGAUCAGCAUGCUAAAGUACCGUAGUUAUAGUACAAAGUAGACUUAAAAAUUAAGAUGAUUAGUAAUUUGUAAAACAGCAUUAAUCAUAUUUUGUAAGAUUUCUAACAAAUAAAAACGGUAUAUAAAUAUC